GCAGUUCACCUCUCUGACCUAGUCCUUCUCCCUGAGAGUAUAUAUGACUCUGUGAUUGCUGUAUGCGUGUAUGCAUAUGCCGUGUGAGAUGCCGGAAAACUGGGGACCUGGAAGCUCGGCUUCGUCUUCGCCGGCGAUAUCGCCGUCUCACCGUCUGCACGGCGGAGGAUCCUCCGCUAUGAACACCUUGCGGAAGCAGAAUGCCGCCGAGAUGCUCGCAAAGGUCAUGGAGAGGCGGGACCAUGACUAUGAUUACGAGGGCAACGAUGGAGAUGAGGAUCUUUACCACAUCGAUCUUCCUCCUCUGUUGCCAUCUCGCCGGAAUGGUAGAGGUACGGUCAACGGGAACGGAUCCCAUCUGGAGUUUCCGGAAAUUUCGAUAGGGCGUCCAAAACGUGACGGCGAGUUGAAUGAUAACGGAACUGCAUCCGAUGCGAGUCGGAGUCCGAUCAAGGGUCGUGAACAGAACGGAAAUGGAGUUCGGAUUGAUGUGCCGUUGAAGCCACCGGAGGAGGAUCACAUGAAGUAUAAGAAAAGUUUCAGAUUCCGCCAAGAUAUUCUAGUUCAGAAUUUUUCCAAUGAGAAGGAAGAUGAUCGGGAAGCUUCAGCGCUGCGUGAUGAGCUGGAUAUGCUACGCGAGGAAAAUGAAAAUAUAUUGGAUAAGCUAAGAUGGGCGGAAGAAAGGCGAGAGGGAGCAGAAGCAAGGGCUAGGGAGCUCGAGAAACAGGUUGCCUCUAUCGGCGAAGGAGCAAAUUUUGACGCCAAACUGGUGAAGAGGAAAGAAGCGGUGUUGCGUCAAAGAGAGGCGGCACUAAGGACUGCGGAACAGAGAAAAGAUGGAAGAAACAAGGAAAUCGAAACCCUUCGUUCAGAUUUUCAGAGCUUGAAAGAUGAAGCCGAGAAGGCUGUGGAACGGCUUCAAGAGGCAGAGAUGGAAACCAAGUCUCUCCGGACGAUGAUACAUAGGAUGACUUUGACACAAGAAGAAAUGGAGGAAGUUGUCCUAAAGAGAUGUUGGCUUGCACGCUAUUGGGGAUUAGCUUUCCAAUAUGGAAUUUGCGAUGAUAUAGCAACGUCGAGGCAUGAAUAUUGGUCAGCUUUGGCUCCUCUUCCCUUUGAAGUUGUCCUCUCAGCUGCACAAAAAUCCGAAGACUCAUGGCAGCCAGGCAGUAACGAUCGUGCUUGGAGCAAAGUUGUUAGGAACUUAACCGAUGCAAAUGGAGAAGGCAACAUAGAAAGCAUGCUCUCUGUCGAAGUGGCUUUGCGGGAGUUAGCGUCUUUAAAGGUCGAGGAUGCUGCAAUGGUUGCAUUCGCACAGAAGAGAUUGACAAAUCUGAUCCGACGCACCAUCACUGAUCCAAGAAUGCAAGGGGAUUCCAAGUUUGUCGAGGCAUUUGAGUUGAGCGAAGAAGAGGCGCAGGAUGUUCUCUUCAAAGAGGCAUGGUUGAUGUAUUUCUGGAAAAGAGCCAAAGCUCAUGGCGUGGAAAGCGAUAUAGCGGAAGAGCGUCUUCAGUUUUGGAUCAACCGUAUAGGGCAACCUCCGAUGUCACACGACGCAGUCGAUGUGGAGAGAGGAAUGGUGGAGCUGAGGAAGCUGGGGAUAGAGCAGCAGCUUUGGGAAGCUUCACGCAGAGAGAUGGUGGACUCCACUGCUUCUGCUACCUCUUUCGAUGAAACCGAUUCAUAACAAGAACGGGAAAGAAACCACGGUCCAUUCCUUUUGCUCUUAUUCUCCAUCCCUAUAAUCAUGAAUCCUCCAUCAUUUGUUGCAGAUCAUUUUUGUUUGUACAAAACAUAUUGUUCCAUACCUAUCUGAUGUUUUAAGGAUUUUCUUUUCUUUUUUAUAAAUGUCAAAGGGCUUGCCGUUGUUAAAACUUUUCGAAAUCUUUGCGGAUAGACAGUAAAACCAUUUGAAACUUUGUUA